AUGGCUUCGCCUGAAGUCGUCUACCUCGCCCAGGGCCUCUCGCGGCUCCUGGGCUGGUCCUACUUCUUAUGCUGGUCCGGGUCCUUCUAUCCCCAACCGCUCAUGAACUGGCGUCGGAAGUCGACGCUAGGAUUUGGCAUCGACUUUCCCACCCUCAACAUUAUUGGCUUUGUUGCAUACACGGUCUCUACCGCGGCAACGUUGUGGUCGCCAACCAUCCGGGCACAGUACGCUGCUCGGUACCCAGGCGCUCCAGAGCCCACCGUCCGCUUCAACGACUUUGCGUUUGCGUUGCAUGCUUUGGUCAUGUCACUCAUUAUCUACAGCCAAUUUUGGCUGAAGACUUGGGGCUUCAAGGUCGGCGCGGACCAGAAGAUGAGCUCUUUGGCAAAGGGCAUCUUCUGGGGCAAUAUUGUCGGAGUGGUCAUUGUGACUGUCGUGGUCUGGGUCAAGGGCAAAGAUGGUGGACACGAUGCCAGUGGCUGGGCGUGGAUCGAUGUGAUUUACGCCAUUGGAUACGUCAAGCUCGUGGUUACCGUCGUCAAAUACGUUCCCCAGGUAUGGUUGAACUACAAGCGAAAGUCCACGGUUGGAUUCAGCAUUGGCGGAAUGUUGCUGGACUUUUCUGGUGGUAUACUGUCCAAUCUCCAGCUGGUCAUCGACUCCUCCCUGCAAGCGGACUGGUCUGGAAUUACCGGAAACCCUGUCAAGUUUGGCCUCGCAAACGUGAGCAUCAUUUUCGAUGUCAUAUUCAUUGUCCAGCAUUACGUUGUGUAUCGGCAUGCGAGAGAGGUCGAGGAAAGAGACGAGGAAUCCAACGGCGAACGGCGACCUCUGUUGAGCGCCAGGCCGUAG